GUCUGAACGCUUGUGAAGGAUUUGGGAUCAAUGCUCUUCAAUCACGUAGAUAUCAAAUCAACAUUUGUGUUGAUCUGACAGAAAAGUUUGCUUCUCUGCAUGAGCUUUUAUUUGACAUGGACUUCCUGAAGAUGAUUUAAGUUUGUGCUGUUUGCAGUUUUUCUUUUUAUGGAACAUCCAGUGUUCAUGUUUAUCUUGUUUAUCAUCCUCACAACUGAAUAUAUACUUCAACAGAUCUUAAAUAUACGUUUGCAUGAUAAAUAACAUUUAAGUGUACAGAUUAAAAUCAUUUAAAGCCAGUUUACUCUACUUCAAAUAUAUAUCUGACCUGAAUUAUGAGCAGCAGAUCCUUUUUGACUCGGUAUAAACAUGAUUUCACCUGCGUUUUAUAGCAUCGUCAGCACUGUCUGUCUGUUUUAUUCCAGAAUAUUAUGGGUUUUGUUGUUGUUGUUUUGUCUCUCUGCAGUUGGCUCUGCUGCCUGGUGCAGAUCUUCAUCCUCAGGAUCCAUGUGAGUGUCAGAGGGGAGGUGAAGCUGUGGAGCAGGGUGACCAAUGGGAGCUCUCCUUGGAUUAUCUCGCUCUUAAAAAGCCCGAGUGACGAGCCACGGGUGGAUUGUUCGCUUCACCUGAAGUCAGCGGGGAACAGUUGGAACCAACUGUGGCAAACGAGCAGGAAAAAGAAGAAGGAGAAGAAAUGGAUCACCCCAAACACUCUAACGGUGACAGCGCGGACAGCGGCUCCGUCCUUAACGGACACUUUGACGGGUUGAAGCGCGCAGUCGUGGGCAGCGGGCGCACCGCCGCUGCGCCGCAGACUCCGGGCGCGGAGUCCGGGGCGCAGCGUCCAACCUCCGUGGUGAUGGAGAGCUGGAGAGAGGAGCGCACCAGGAGCGUGGAGGACAACGAGAUGAGCCUUCCGUCUCUGGCCGCGGCUUACACCACCAUCCUGCGGGGGCUCGGAGAAGACCCGCAGCGACAGGGGCUCCUGAAAACCCCGUGGAGAGCAGCCACCGCCAUGCAGUUCUUCACCAAGGGCUACCAGGAGAAAAUUAAAGACAUUCUGAAUGACGCCAUCUUUGAUGAAGACCAUGACGAGAUGGUGAUCGUCAAAGACAUCGACAUGUUCUCCAUGUGUGAACAUCACCUUGUGCCUAUCUUUGGCAGGGUUCACAUAGGUUACCUGCCCAACAAGAGAGUCCUGGGCCUCAGCAAGCUGGCCAGGAUCGUUGAAAUCUACAGCCGCCGACUUCAAGUUCAGGAGAGGUUGACCAAACAAAUCGCCGUGGCCGUCACUGAGGCACUGCAGCCCACUGGGGUCGGCGUGGUCAUAGAAGCCACUCACAUGUGCAUGGUGAUGCGCGGCGUUCAGAAGAUGAACAGUAAAACCGUCACCAGCACCAUGUUGGGAGUUUUCAGGGAAGAUCCAAAAACCCGUGAUGAGUUUCUGAGACUGAUCAGGAGCUGAGGAGGACGCAGCUCCUCCCCCUCAGCUCCUCCUCCUCCUGUUGCCUGGGUUCAAUGUUGUGCUAAAUGUGUGUGUGUAUGAGUGUAUUUUGUGAGUGAAGUUAGAGUCAGGUUAAGUAAAGUGUCACCUCGUUGAUUUUGACAGAGGACUUUGUCAGAGGACGUUGUUGUCAGAGGACAUUGAGGAAGUUGUUGACAGAGGACGUUUAGGACGUUUACGCUGAUGUUUACUCUGAAUUUAGCCGUUUGUGUCUUGUGUGUUUGGUCGUUGUCAUGAGUCAGAAAAGUGUUUACAGUUGUGUUCCAACCUUCUUCACCACAGACACCUGUUGUUUCUGAUUGACCAGUGGGGGGCGCUGAUCGUCUACAGAUAAUAAGAUAAAAAGUUAGGAUUAUAAAUCAUCAACCUCAACAAGACUCACAAAGAUCUAAAGUCCAUGGUUUUAUAAGGCGGUGAUGAAGAUGAUGAUGAUGAUGAUGAUGAAGGUCAUGUGGUGCUACUGUGUGUGUGUGUGAGUGAGUACAGUUUGUUUUGGUGCUUUUAAAUCAACACAAAUGUCAUGGAAAUUAAAAAACGUUUGAUUAC